GCCUGAAAACAGUCACAAAAUUAUUUAGGACAUUUAUUUCCAAAUACAAGUAGUUCAUGAACACUGUGCUUUUUACUAUGUAAAGUGGUUUAUAAAAAGCAUCGAACGUCUAGAAAAAUGACCGGAGGAAAUCUCUCUUAUCCAUCUCUCCGUCCCCUCGUGUAAACCCUCCCCCAAAUCCAAACAAUAUAAAAACAGCAAAACAGAACCAUUCAUGAACUAGGCCUCAGCAUCAGAGAAAGCAGUGAAUUCAUAAUGCCAACUCUUGUUUAACUCCCGCCUAUCUCCGUUUUAUAAGAGUAGGCAGCUUUCUACCUUGCCAGGCAACAAUAAACACACAUUAGAAAUGAUUAAUGAGGGGCCUGAUGAGGGCUGGCAUUUCGUUUCAUUCCACUUCCUUCAAGAACAGAGGGACCCUUGCCAAGCCCUGUCUGCUCAGUUCUGCUCACGUGACCUGAAAUGCCUCUGGGAAUCAUUUCUGCAAAUACAGCUGAAUAGCAGUUAAACCUCGCCUUGCAGGGGUAUAUCAGUUAACACGCAGCUGUUGUUGAUAACACCCUGCGGGGGGCCCCCAGCCUGAGUGCCGAGUUUUAAGUCAGUGCAGCAGCUUCUUUCCCUUUUCUUCCUUUGUUUUUCCACACGUUUUGAAGUUCAAUUUUCUGCUGAUAAAUGGAUCAGUUCAAUCCUAAAGUUGCCGAGGAAGAUAUAAGGACCUUGACAGCCUCUUUGUCUCCGAUUUCGACCUCUUUUAAGCAAGAAAAGGAACCCGAUCAUGAAAACAAUGAAGAUUGCUUAUUGACAAAGGAAGAGGGCAAAGUCCGGUCUGGCAAACACAGUAUGGAGGAGAAGGAGCUGCUGGCUUUACAACAAGAUAGUGGAAUUCCAUACAACACCAAAAAAGCAACAGCCUGGGGUGUCAGAGUUUGGGAUGAAUGGGGCAAAACUCGCAACAGCUACAUUAUGGAGCAGGGCGUCCAGCGCAAUGAGCUCUUCCUUUAUGUGCCAGAACUCUGCUAUGAAAUAACCCAUGAUGAACUUAAUUUCUGGUUGUGCAGGUUUGUGCUCGAAGUACGGAGGCAAGAUGGCUCAGAAUAUCCACCCAACUCUCUCCGUCUACUAUGCUGUUCAAUCCUGCGCCACCUGCGGGAAAAUUGCAGGCGAUCAGAUAUUGAUUUCUUCAACAAACUGAAACCGGAUUUUGCCGAGUUCCGAGCCACACUUGAUAAUCGGAUGAAGCAGUUGCAGCGGUUGGGUAUUGGACUAGUAAGGAAGCAAGCCCAACCAUACACGGAAGAUGAUGAGGAGAGACUGUGGCAAGUUGUCUUUCACCUCUGUGAUGCAAAAAGCUACAGUUAUGCUGUCUACUUCUACGUCUGCAAGGUUUUUGCCCUCUGUGCAGCCAAGGACCACCAUAAACUCACAGUUGAUCAGUUCGAGUUUGGAUGUGACAUGAUCAAUGAGUAUGUGGAGUUUACUGGCAGACCAAGUAAUCCUCAAGAUAGCCUUGAAAAGUUGAAAAUUAUCCAGACAAGACAGUAUGCUGAUUCCCCAAACCCAAGAUGUAUAGUCUCUCUACUGCGGCGCUACCUUAGUAUGAUUCCCCGUGAAGGUUCUUUCUACCGCCGUCCCGUCCCUGGCACCAUGCAGUUCUCAGAACAGGCAAUAGGAGUUCACACUUUGGAAAGAUAUUCCAAGGAGAUAUGUGAAGCUGCGGGAAUUUCAGGACACCACACGGGCCAUUCAGGAAGGGUCAGCAGUGCAACAACCCUGUAUAAUCGAGGCUUUGAUGAACAGUCAAUUAAAGAACGAACAGGGCCUACAGGUAGUUUGGCAAAGGGCUACAGGAGACCCUCUCCUGCUCAGAUGAAGGCCAUGUCAGACUGCUUACAACCUCCAAAUCCUCUCAAAAAGAUGUCAGCAUGUUCACCCUCAUCACCUAUGUCAUCUGAAGAUCACAGUUCUUCUCAAGAUGAAGGCCCGAGCAACAUCAUCAUCAUCUCUGAAGAUGGAAUUGAUCAUCCACAAGAAAUUACAACUAUUUUAAGCAGGCCUGAGGUAACAAUCACAGAACAGAGUGGUGUACUAAAAAUUGAAAUACCACCUAGGAAUCUCCCAUUGGUGCCCUUAUCUUCAGUUCAUACCAUUACAAAGUUAAAAAUAGUGAAAGGAGACAUUGUAUUAGAACUAAAUUUAUAAUAUUAAAUUUAUUAACA